CACCUGCCUGCGUUUUCUCCCUCCAAGAAACCAAACGAGCAGAGCAGAGCUCCCUCCAUCCCCCGGUCAUCCUCUCCUCUGACCCGCACCGAUCGGCGGAAAUGGCCGCUCCUCUUCCUCCCGCUGGUAUCAUCCCGGUUCGCCACCCCAGCCUCGCCAGGCUAUGGCUGGCAAGAGAGGCGAGCAACACAGCAUUUAGGCAGAUGAAUCGCCUUAUCUCUGAUCUUUACUAUGUUGCUCCCGGGGUUCUUGAUGACCCAGACUUCCUGGAGAGAUCGGUUCUCGUGGACGGCGUGGCGCCCAGCACAAGCCCCCGGGACCUGCGAGAGAGCUUCUCCGUCCUGGCUGUGGAAGCCGCGGUCUUAGUUCGAGACAGCUCGACGGGCUACCGCGUCGGGCUGGUGGUGUUCGCGGAUGCCGCAGACAGCGCGAGCGCGAUGAACCUGACGCCUCGCCCGGGCUUCUACGUCGCCUGCAUUCCGGCGGUGAGUUUGUGUUUGUUUUCUGCUGUGUCUGUGCGAGUUUGUUUUCUCUGAAUCUCUGCAUCCCGCUCUGUCUAUGCGAGUUUGUUUCCUGCUGUCUGUGCGAUAAUGUUUUCUGCUCA